ACUCGGGGGCCAGGCACUGGCGCUGACGCAGGCGAGCAGGGCGCCACUGACUGGUCCCCUCCCACCUCGGCGGGUUGGGGGAUGGCGGACCAGCCCCUCCUGGGUGAGCCCUAGCCUGGGGCUUCCUAUUUCGGGAGCCGGGGGCGUGGGCCACAUCUCAUGUGAUGCGAGGGCUAUUUAAAGCGGCAGCCCGGGCAGGGAGCCGCCGUCCGAGUCUUUGCACGCCUGCUCUCUCACAGCUUGUGUCUCAGCCUAGCCCAGCAUCACUAUGGUGGACGCUUUCCUGGGCACCUGGAAGCUAGUGGACAGCAAGAAUUUCGAUGACUACAUGAAGUCACUCGGUGUGGGUUUUGCUACCAGGCAGGUGGCCAGCAUGACCAAGCCUACCACAAUCAUUGAAAAGAAUGGUGACACUAUCAUCCUAAAAACACACAGCACCUUCAAGAACACAGAGAUCAGCUUUAAGCUGGGGGUGGAAUUUGAUGAGACAACAGCAGAUGACAGGAAGGUCAAGUCCAUUGUGACACUGGAUGGAGGCAAACUUGUUCACCUACAGAAGUGGGACGGGCAAGAGACGACACUUGUGCGGGAGCUAAUUGAUGGAAAACUCAUCCUGACACUCACCCACGGCACUGCAGUUUGCACUCGCACUUAUGAGAAAGAGGCAUGACCUGACUGCACUGUUGCUGACUCCUACUCUGCCAAUCGGCUACCCCUCGACUCAGCACCACAUUGCCUCAUUUCUUCCUCUGCAUUUUGUACAAAUCCACAAAUUCUUCUAGGGUCAGGUGCCACUGGCCUGGAUCCACUUCUAGUUUCCAUUGUGUAUGUGGUUUUUUUGUUAACGGCAUUCAUAGGGUGCUCUGAGGUCAAUAAAGCAGAGCCAAGGCCACCCAGUUGCCUUUUUGCCUUUGGUAACAUAACUCUGGGAGUCUUGGUUUCCCCUGUUUGUCAAAGAGUGGGCAGAAAUAACUGCCUGAAGGUUACUCAGAAAGAAGCACUGGAUGGGAGACUGAAAUGGACAGUCUCAGAGACUGAUGAUCAGCUGAUCACCGUACACAUUUAAUAAAACAGCUGUACCUACACCUUGCCUUUACACUGCCCCACUCCAUGGUCAAAUUUCCUAGUUCAGUCAGUGGUGGGGCUUCCCCAGGUUUGGCUGUUGAACUGUCACUUCACGCCCAUCCUACACUGAGAACUCUUGGGCCUGGCUGUUCUGUGAAAUGCUAUAGGUCUCCCUUUCCAGAAUUCAGGUUCAGGGCACAGAACCCAGGCUUGUACCACGGUGGUGGGAGAAAAUGACCACUGGCCAAGAUGAUUGCUGAUCUAUGCACCAGGCUAGUUACUCAUGGUUACAAAUUCUUACUACUUCUCUAAUCAACUCUGAGGGAAGAGGGCAUCUGAUCAUCACAAAAGGGAGGGCUUAUAAGUGAUCUCCCAAGAAGGCUGCGACCAGCUAGAGCCUUUGGCUCUGUACCUCUGCUGGGCAUCUCUCCAAAGUCUAAGGUAUAUUAAAUGCUUUUGUGAGCUAGUGCAGGCUCAGUGACUUUAAGUUUGUAAGUUGCCCAGGAAGAAGGAUUACAGGAAAAAGAACUUUUAGUAAGUUUAAAACCAAACACAUUUCCAUUUAGCAACAGGAAUUUAAGCAGGGACCUGAAGUGGAAUCAACUGAUUCACAGAGUAAUAAAUACAAAGAACAAUGA